UUAUAAACUAUUUCGCUAUUUUGAAAUGCCUCAAACUGAAUACGUCGACUAUUAUUCGCUUCUUGGAGUGGAAGUAGAAAGUGACGUAAAGACAAUUCGAAGGGCAUUUCAAAAGGCUGCUCUGAAAUACCAUCCAGAUAAGACCAAGGGAGAUAAGAAAUUAGCUGAGUUGUACCAGUUAAUUAGCGAAGCUCGAGAUGUUCUUAUGGAUGAACAGAAGAGAGAAGCCUAUAAUAAGAAGCAUAAGGCUAUGCUAGCGAGGAAAAGCAGAAGAGAGAACAUGGACAAGCGGCAGCGUGAGCUAACGGAAAGUUUGUUGGCCAGAGAGGAAGCUGCAAAAAGAAGACGAAAUGGAGAGAUGACGGAAAAAGAACGACUCAUCUAUCGGAUUCGACAGGUGAAACUAGAGGACGAGAAGACGAUUGAGCAAAUGUUACAUGAACAGUCUAUUCCUGUUGUUUCGCAAGUUCGUCCAUUGGAUUAUUCGAAAACCCUGAUUCGACCUGCUAACUAUGGAGAGAAGACCAUGGAGCGAUUGAUCCAAGCUGCAUCUGCGCCUCGUAGUGUAUUAUAGUUUCCUUUUCCCUUUAUCUUUUUUUCUGUGGAA